AUGGGGAAGCCAGAUUUAAGCGUUCAAGAGUUGGAGGCCAAGUACGGCGGGUUUCUGUCCGAAAGCUUCAAGAAGAAGCAGUACGUCACAUUCUGGGAACCGGAUCCAAAGUACGCCCACUUGCAAGAGGACGACUUCUUGAAGAGUAAGCCUGCCGCGGGUGACCUGAUCCCGCUUUUCUUGGGGCUGCCCAGUCCAGGGUUCUUCCCAGUGAAGUCCAUCGAUGUCAAAGUGUGCGACCACCCCUUCGAUUCGGAAUUGGAGACUGAAAACUCGACAUCCACGUACGGGAAGAUGACAAGGAAGUCCCCCGAGGAGUUGCCCCUCCCAGACACGCUGCAGUACAGCGCCACGGAGGGGCUUGACCCGUUGCUCAAUUUUACCAAGAGCUUCUUGCAAAGGAUCGGUAACACCCCACUGUACAACGGGUGGGACACGAUUCUUGCGAACGGGUCUAGUGACUCUCUUUACAAAGUGUUCGAUAUUUUGGCGGACCGGAACACCACUGUGCUCGUGGAGGAAUUCACUUUUGUACCCGUUGUCGGGACAAUCUUGGGUACUGGGGCACAUAUUGUCCCGAUGAAAUUGAACCUGGAUGAAGUCACCUCGGACAAUUUCAACAACGAUAAGCAAUUCGACCCAAACCACGAGGGGAUCGAUGUCGAGUACUUGGCAGACCUAUUGGAGAACUGGGCGGUAGGUCCACACAAGCACCUCCCUAAACCCACUUUGAUGUACACUGUCGUCACUGGGCAGAAUCCAACUGGGGUCUCGCUGUCGUACGAGAAGAGACGGCAGAUCUACGCUCUUGCACAGAGACACAAUUUCAUCAUCGUGGAGGACGACCCUUACGGGUACUUGAGACUACCACAUUUCAACAGAGAGACUCCAAGUGAAAACAAGUACGACGGGAUCACCGUGGACGGGUACAUCAAUGACAUGAUCAUCAAAUCGUUCAUCUCAAUGGACACGGACGGCCGCGUACUCAGAUUGGAGACCUUUUCUAAAUUGUUUGCACCUGGGUUGCGGCUCAGUUUCAUUGCCGGGAACAAGUACUUCAUCGAGAAGAUCUUGUACUUGGCGGACGUGUCCACGAGAGCUCCAAGCAGCAUCUCGCAAGCGCUUGUGUAUUCCACUUUGCAAACAUUGUCGCAACGGGAGAAAAUGCCCAUGGUCGAUUCGUGGCUGCACUGGAUCAUCCAGAUCGCAUCGGAGUACACGGUGCGGAGGAACGUGAUGUUGCCCGAGUUCUACAAGACAGAGGCCUUCGCCAAGGGGUACUUCUCUGUUAUUGAACCGUCAGCUGGUAUGUUCGUUGACAUCAAGAUCAAUUUCGGCAGCGGGUCCGACGUCAACAUUAUUGAAGAGAUGAACAAAGUGGAGAAGUAUUUCAUGAAGAACGGUGUUGGGAUUGUGCUCGCGUACAAGAUGGCCGUCGACACGGAGUUCUCGAGGGACAAAUGUGGGCUGAUCAGAACGGCCAUCUCCUUUGCAGAGAAGGAUAGACUGAUUGAGGCUGUUCGUAGGGUGAACGUCAGUCUAAUCGAGUUCUUCGAGAAGAGAACCCCAUGA